AUGGACUCCGGCCUGGGCCGCUCGCUCACCUCCGAGCUCCCGGUCCUCGGCCUGCAGGACGAGCUCGACUCGCUCCAAUUCGACGACGUCUUCGUCGAGGAGUACCUGCUCGCCAAGCUCCAAGACUCGCAGAGAAGACUGCAGGAGGUCCGCGACUAUAAGCACGCCCUGGAUGAGGCCGCCCGCCCGGAGAAUGUCUCCGCUAAUUUGCCCCCCAGGCAGCCCUUGGGCGCGAGCCCCAAGACCGGCGCCUCCUUGCUGCACCCGAAGAAGGGCCGCAGGCACCAGAGGUUGUUCGUCGCCAGCUUUCGCCUCCCGCUUACUGUCGAGAUUGGCGACGACGGCGAGGUCAAGUCCAGUAUCAGUAAUGGUUCGCUUGGCUUGUUCUCCGCCUUUAAAGAUUUGCUGGGGAGGGUCCCGAUACGCUGGUUGGGUGCACCGGGUCAGACCUUUCAUGACGCCGCACAGCUUCCGCCGGAUGAGCGCAGCAAGAUGGAGCGCCAUUUUCAGAAAAGGCGCCAUCGCAAGAGCAUGGGCCUGCUUUCGUACGUCCCCUUGUUUCCGGAUGCCGAAGAUGCCGCUGCCCAUCAAGAGUUUUGCAAUUCCGUCAUGUGGCCGCUCUUUCAUUACAUUCCUCUCAACCUUGGGGAGAGGACUUAUCACGUCGAGAUGUUCGACGCCUAUGAACGCGUCAAUCGUUUUUAUGCGGACGCCCUCAUUCAAGAGUGGAAACGCACGGGCAUUGAUGAAUCCGAAGCCAUGUUUUGGAUCCAUGACUUUCAUCUAUGCCUAGUCCCUAAGAUUCUCCGUGAUCGGUUGCCCAACGCCCGCAUAGGUUAUUUCUUGCAUACACCGUUUCCGGCAGGCGAAAUAUUUCGGGCCCUGGCCCCGCGCAAGGAACUGUUGGAGGGAUUGCUUGGUGCUGACUUGCUCGGCUUCCACACGUAUGAUUACGCGAGGCAUUUCUUAUCUGCUUGUGAAAGGCUGCUGGGAGUCACUGUGCAACCAGACCAUGUUGAUAACAAGGGUAUCAAUGUGCAGGUUGGCAUUUAUCCUUUCGGUAUUGAUGCCGACACCUUCCGAGCGGCGAUGAAGCAAAGCACGGUCAAGGAUAUUCGGGAUGAGUUGUUGGAGUCGUUUGCAGGGAAAAAGGUUCUUGUUGGGGUUGACCGGCUCGAUUAUAUCAAGGGCAUUCCACACAAGCUGCUUGCUGUCGAGCACUUUCUUGAAUGUCAUCCAGAAUGGAUCGGCCGCGUCGUAAUGCUGCAAGUGACGACGCCUAGUAUGUCAGCGUCUGAGGAAUACCAUGCGUUCCGUUCCGAGAUCCUGGAGAUGGUGGGAAGAAUUAACGGCCGCUUCGCUACUCUUGAGGAUAUGCCCAUACAUUAUCGAGAGGUUACCAUGACAUUCGAACAGAUGUGCGCUUUGUACUCGGUAGCAGACGUGGCUAUAAUCACAUCGCUUCGAGACGGAAUGAAUCUUGUGAGUCAUGAGUACAUCAUGUGUCAAAAAGAGCAAAACGGUGUUCUCAUCUUGAGCGAGUUCACAGGAGCCGCACAAAACUUACCGGGUGCUUUGCUAGUGAAUCCCUGGAACGUUGAGAUGGUCAGCGAUGCAAUUUUUCAGAGUCUGGAAAUGCCCGACUUCGAGAGAGAGUUGAAACACCAGAAAUUAUACCGCCAUGUCGUCAUGCAUACUGCGUCCGCAUGGGGCGUUCGCUUCAUUGACGAUCUCGUCAAAUUCUCUGCGAUUCGCAAGGCAAAAGCGAUGCAACUAAUUCCGAUGCCAAAACACCGUGUUAGAGAUUCAUACCGUGCUACGAAAGGGAAACGAUUAUUUUUCUUUGAUUACGAUGGCACUCUUCGCAAGUACGAGAGUCAACCAGAGUUGGCGGAACCUUCUGAGCGACUUCUCGAAGUUCUGCGCCGUCUUGCUAGUUGUGAUCAAAAUAUUGUGUUCAUUGUGACGGGGAGGCAAAAGAACACAGUCAUGGAUUGGUUCCGAGGAGUAGGCCUUGGUUUUGCAGUAGAACACGGGUUUUCUAUGCGAUGGCCAGAUCAUUUACGGGAGAAGUUUGGGGGCCGUAGAAUGAGCGGAUUGCAAGAAUAUGGAGAGCAGGAGACGUACGCAACAACCGGAAACACUCUAGUCGUAAAACGCGACGAAACUUGGAAUGACCUAAUAAGCCCCCAUGAUCUCAUUGCGAUGAGGGACGCGCUUGAAUUGGCCGGUUCGUUGUUGAGACGAAUUGAGGACUGCACACCUACGAGCUUCUUGUCGAGAAAAGAGAGUGCAUAUAGCUGGCAUUUUAGAGAUGCUGAUCCGGAUUUCGCCGUGAGUCGAGCACAUGAUGCUCGGCAAGCGCUCGAGGAGGUGCUACAAGGCAGUCCGAUGGAGGUCUUGAUGGGGCAAAAAAUCCUUUACGUUCGACCGCGAGGGGUGCACAAAGGAGCAGCGGUGGCUGAGGUCUUGAGACGCCUAGAUCUCGAGGGUGAGGCGCCGGACUGGGUUUGUUCCAUUGGUGAUGACCGAACCGAUGAAGACAUGUUUAAAGAAAUAUAUCGCAAUGCUGACGGGAAGGAUAUUAGUGUUCACACAUGUACAGUAGGACGGAAGAGCACAUCAGCAAAGUAUUACGUACAGCAUGUGGAUGAAGUGCUUGACUUUUUGGAAAGGCUCGCACAAGUAGAUGUGAAUUCGCCGUGAUGGGGCAUAAAUAUGUGUAUAGGAAGAAGACAUCGUAUCUUCUCAAAGCCUGU